UCUCUCUCUCUCUCUCUAACAUUUCUCCUUCUGAGUGAGCAGUUUCCAAAUCCACAUGUUCUCCGCCGCCGCUGAUCUCCCUCUUCCGAUUCGCAGAUCUUGAUUUAAAAAAAAAAAAAACUAAAAAAAAUCCUGCAUUGCAACCGGUUUUGUUCUUGGCAUUUUAUCAUUGAUUCCCCGAUCCGGUCACUCCGGAUCUGCGAAGAAAAACACAAAAAAAAAUGGAGCGUUUUCACAAUUUGAAGAAGAUCUGGGUGUUGCUGAUUUUCGCGGGGUUUCUCCAAUUGGGGAAUGGGUUUUAUCUCCCGGGCAGUUACCCACACAACUAUGGAAUCGGGGAUUAUCUGAAUAUGAAGGUCAAUUCACUGACUUCAAUCGACACCGAAAUCCCCUACAGCUAUUACAGCUUGCCCUACUGUCUGCCCCAAGGUGGUAUUAAGGACAGUGCCGAAAAUCUCGGGGAGCUCCUGAUGGGCGACAGGAUCGAGAAUUCUCCGUACAGGUUCAAGAUGUACACGAACGAGACCGAUAUUUUCCUCUGCCAGACGAAACCCUUGUCGGCCGACGAGUUCAAGCUUCUCAAGAAGAGGAUCGACGAAAUGUACCAGGUGAACGUCAUUCUCGAUAACCUGCCCGCGAUUCGGUACACCAAGAAGGACGAUUUCAUGCUGAGGUGGACUGGCUACCCCGUCGGCGCGAAGGUUCAAGAUUCGUACUACGUGUUCAAUCACUUGAAAUUCACGGUGCUUGUCCACAAGUACGAGGAGACGAACGUGGCUCGCGUGAUGGGCACUGGGGACGCGGCUGAGUUGAUCCCGACCGUCGGAAAUGAUGGAUCCGACGCACCUGGUUACAUGGUCGUCGGAUUCGAAGUGGUGCCUUGUAGCUAUCAGCACAGUGGCGACACUUUGAAGAAAUUGAACGCGUACGAGAAAUACCCAUCUCCAAUCAACUGCGAUCCAGGCACUGUAGCUAUGGCGAUUAAGGAAAACGAGCCGGUGGCCUUUUCGUACGAGGUUUCGUUCGUCGAGAGAGACGACAUCAAAUGGCCUUCGAGAUGGGACGCGUAUCUGAAAAUGGAGGGUGCGAAGGUGCACUGGUUCUCGAUUCUCAACUCUUUGAUGGUGAUCACUUUCUUGGCAGGGAUAGUGCUCGUAAUUUUCUUGAGAACCGUACGAAGGGAUCUUGCUCGGUACGAGGAGCUCGAUAAAGAAGCACAAGCACAAAUGAACGAAGAAUUGUCCGGAUGGAAGCUUGUCGUGGGCGAUAUUUUCCGAGCCCCUUCAAAUCCUUCGCUUCUGUGUGUGAUGGUCGGUGACGGGGUUCAAAUACUCGGAAUGGCAGUUGUCACGAUCCUAUUCGCCGCGCUAGGGUUUAUGUCCCCUGCUUCUCGAGGAACGCUGAUAUCUGGUAUGCUGUUCUUCUACAUGGUUCUUGGAAUCGCAGCUGGUUAUGUGGCUGUACGUAUGUGGAGAACAAUCUACGUUGGAGAUCACAAAGGCUGGAUGUCGGUCUCGUGGAAAGCCGCGUGCUUUUUCCCCGGUAUUUCGUUCUUUAUAUUCACCAUCUUGAAUUUCCUUCUAUGGCAUAGCAACAGCACGGGAGCGAUUCCCUUUUCGAUAUUUGUCGUUCUGAUUUUACUAUGGUUCUGCAUUUCGGUCCCACUCACACUUGUUGGUGGGUACUUUGGUGCGAGGGCGCCGCACAUAGAAUACCCAGUUCGAACGAAUCAAAUUCCUCGCGAAAUCCCGCCCCAGAAAUACCCGUCUUGGCUUCUGGUUCUUGGUGCUGGUACAUUACCUUUCGGGACGCUUUUUAUCGAGCUUUUCUUUAUAAUGUCGAGUAUUUGGAUGGGGAGAGUGUACUAUGUUUUCGGGUUCCUUUUCGUGGUUAUGAUUCUUUUGGUGGUGGUGUGUGCUGAGGUGUCGCUUGUGCUUACGUACAUGCAUCUGUGCGUCGAGGAUUGGAAGUGGUGGUGGAAGUCUUUCUUUGCUUCUGGUUCGGUUGCUAUAUAUAUAUUCCUUUACUCGGUGAAUUAUUUGAUAUUUGACCUAAAGAGCUUGAGUGGGCCCGUCUCUGCUACUCUCUACCUCGGUUAUUCGCUCUUUAUGGUUGUUGCUGUUAUGCUUGCUACCGGCACCGUUGGGUUUCUUUCUUCGUUCUGGUUCGUGCAUUACCUCUUUUCUUCUGUUAAGCUCGAUUAAAUGUUUUUGAUUAGCUUGCCGUGAAGCAGCUUUUAAAGGUUCAUUUCUUGUUUUUUUUUAUAUCUUUUUUUGUUUCGGAGGAUUUGGAUGAACAAGAAUAACAGUAAGAAGUUUUGUUGAAACUUUUUUUUUGUUUCUUUUCUAUAGAUAAAAGUAUUUGAGAAUGGUAGCCGAAUAGGGUUUUCAUAGAUAUAUGAUCGGAUACACGGUUAGUCGGUUCUUGAUUUGUAUUAAUAACGAUGAUCUAUUGUUCAUCUGCUGUUUUGAUAUGAUCAAGGACGUGAUUAUUUGGUCUCGUCUCAAAUGAUUCAUUUGUCGUCGUUUAUGAUCUGAUGUAACGAACUUCAUUUAAGAAUCUAUACUAUUACUUACCCUCA